AUUGAAAGCUUGAAAGCGUAGCAUGAUACAGCAAAGAUACUGUCGAAGCAUGCGAACAAUAGUUGCCACCACGCGACAUUUCCCCGGACAAAGAGAUGAAGUCAAUGACCAAACCCGAACACACAACAUCCUGGCCUAUAUAAUCCACAGACAUAAUGCCUACUUGUUUGUUCGAGCUUAUUGUUCAGAACAUCAUGUCGCCUGUUGCUGUCCAGUUGACGACCUACUCCAACGCUGGUUCCAACGACGCUACCUACGCCGACUCUCUGAUCUCGCGCAAAUCGUAUGCCCGGGAUUUCUCCCUGCGCUCCAGGUCCGGCUCUUCAGAGGAGAUAAUGGUCGCGUCGCUCAAGGAACGCAAUGCGACGGUGGUAUCCAACAAGUUCAUGAUCAAGGCCAAGAGGUCCAUGAGCAUCCGCUCUGCAGCUACCACUCCCACUUUCCUCCGCCUCAGGCGUCCCUCAGACGUCAACAGACCCCCUUCACCUUCUCUGCCUUCGCCGGUCGUCGACAGACUUAGACGUCAGAGAAGCGACUCCACGGCGCACAAGUUCGUCAAGACUGCAGGUGUCUUGCUUCGAUUCAAGUCUGUACCUAAUCCACAGGGCGUAGGAAACGACCCCAGUGUUCUUCGAGCUACCUCAGCGGGCUCUGCUCCGUCCAAGCUGCCUUCAACUCAGACGCGUCCCGCCCGCUCACCAACCGCGUCACAUGGACGCCCUCAGAAAGUGGAACAACUUUCGAAGCCGAGGCGACAGAAGUCCUUCGCUACCUCUGGUGAUGUUGAGAUCCAAGACGAGGACGAGGAUCCCGAAGAGGACGAGGUCGCCAAAGAGUCCAGGCUUCUCGUUUCACGCAUGAAUCGUCGAUGGAUCCUUGAAGAAUGCCGAUGCCCUUACGACAAGAAACAGCUCGGAGUCUGUGUUAUGUAAGCCCGCCGAGCACCACGCAUCUCUUCUGCGCUGAAUUAUUACUUUCGAUUCUUGUGGAUUUUUUAAAUUUGCUUCAUCUUUCU